CAAAAUAUGUAAAACAAGGCAGCCAAUAUUAAGAAAAAUAAAAUUUACAUGUCCAUAUUAACCUCUGCUACAGUUUCCUUUCUUACAGAAGAAGUGAACACACGGGUAUCAGCAGAGGAAGAAAGGCAACUAAUGGCAUCAAUGUCAAAAGAAUGGACACCAGAACCAGAAGGUGGAAAUUCAAAAGCUAUUGUUGAACCACAAAGUUGCUUAUACGUGACGUGGUUAAGUGUAGUGACAUUAAGCUACUUAUACAAUUGUUUUGUCAUUCCCUUAAGAACAACUUUUCCAUACCAAUCAACUGAAAAUACACCAACAUGGCUAGCUCUUGACCUUAGCAUGGACUUUAUAUAUCUCCUUGACAUGGCUGUUGUAAAGCCUCGAGUGAUGUUUCUAGAAGGUGGUUUUUGGGUAAGGGAUACCAAACUUACAAGGGGUAACUACCUCGGCAAGUCAGAAUUUAUAGCAGAUGUCCUAUCAUUAACUCCACUGGACCUAUUAUAUUUUUAUUUUGGCCCCAAUUACCCUCUUCUUCGAGUACCACGACUUCUCAAGAUACACAGCUUCUGGGAAUUUUUUAAUCAUUUCGAUAAGUUUUCUCCAUCACCUUACAUAGUUCGAAUUGCAAGGACAUUAACAUACAUGCUAUAUCUUGUCCAUAUCAAUGCUUGUGCCUACUAUUGGGUUUCUGAAAAUGAAGGAAUAGCCACCAACCAUUGGGUUUUCAAUGGGGUGGGAAAUGCAUACAUCAGGUGUUUUUAUUUUGCUGUAAAAACCGCAACAUCGAUAGGAAAAAACCCUCGCCCAGAGAAUGAAGCAGAAUAUAUAUUUAUGACAGUCUCAUGGCUAAUGGGAGUAUUCGUAUUUGCUAUCCUCAUCGGGCAGAUAAGAGACAUUAUAGCUACUGCUACAAGAUCCCAGACUGAAUAUAGAAAACUCAUGGAUGAAACAUUACACCAUUUAAGGAAGUUAAAUCUUCCCCAAAAGCAAAUUGAAAGGGUCAAAACCUGGUUUUCUUAUACUUGGGAACAACAGCAUACUUUAGAUGAAUCAAGAGUCUUAGACAACCUCCCACAUAAAAUGAAAACAGAUGUUGCCAUAAAUGUUCAUAUAUCAACACUUAAUAAAGUGCAACUCUUUAAAGAUUGUGAUGAAGCAUUACUUCGUGAACUUGUACUUAAACUGCGUCCAGUUUUAUAUCUGCCAGGUGAUUACAUUUGUCGAAAGGGGGAAGUAGGGCGUGAAAUGUAUAUUGUAAAAUCUGGACAAGUACAAGUAGUGACUGGCACAGAUGGAAUUGAGGUCCUGGCUACACUAACUGAAGGAUCUGUUUUUGGAGAAAUAAGUCUUCUGCAGGUGUCAGGAGGCAAUCGAAGAACAGCUGAUGUCAGAUCAAAUGGAUUUUCCAAUUUAUUUGUCUUAAAUAAAGAUGAUCUUAAUGGAGCUUUGAAGUUUCAUCCCAAUGCACAGGAGAUUCUGAGGAAAAAGGCCAGACAGUUAGUUAAACAAAAUGCAGCUAGAGAGCAAAUGACUAAGGCAAAAGCGGAAGUUGCUGCUGAAGUCUUAAUUGGUAAUCCUGAACCAGGUCCAAAACAGCCGAGGCUACUGCCAAUUGUUAUGAAAGUUUUGCCACCAGAAUCUGGAUCUGCAAGGCUCUUAAAAUAUGGAUCUCGUUGGGGAAGAAAGAGAAGAUUAAACACAACAAACAGUGCAGAAUCUGCUCCAAUUUGUUUGAAACAAAAGCGUUGCAGUUCAAUUGAUCUAGGAUACUUAGGCAGGAGUUCAAAUCAGUUGGGGAAACAAAAUACAGAAAACACAUUCCAAUGCAGCGUAACUGUUCAUAGAGAAAUGUCAAAAUAGAAUAAUUAAGCUAUGGUAUAAAUCAUAACAUAUAAAUAUAUAUAUAAAUUAAAAAAAGAUAUUUUUGUUAUUAAGCUGUCAUAUAGUUUAUAUUCAGGAUAUUAUUUUUUGUAUCAAAUAUAUAUUUGCAUAGGAAUAGAUUUUAUUUUAGUGUAUAGUUUAUAUAAUAUUAAAGUAUAGUACUCAGGUGAGAUAUUUAGUACUAUUUAAGGCUUAUGAAGUUAAUCACCUUAGUUUUCUUCAGCUUUUAUUUUUAAACUUACAGAAAAUCAUUAAUAACGUAGCAAUAAAAAAUUCAUUAUUAUAUUGUGUUAAAGUAAAAAAUGAGAAAAAUCACAUUGUUUAAUUUAAUUUAUUUACCAUAGUACUCCAUGCCCACCUUGUAGCAAAAUGUCAAAUCUGAACUGCAACCGGAAGACCGGAAUGACUAAUGUCAUUUUUAUUAAUUUAAAGCUUUGUUAGACAUAUACAUGUUACAGUAAUGAAUAUUUAUAAUCCAGAGUUUACAUUGGGAAAAUUCACAUUCCUUAUUACAUUUUGUUACUUAUACAUUUUGCCAACGAUAUGGACAGUCAAUUUUUUAUGUAACAUUAAUAAACUGAAAGUCAAUAAUGACCCUAGUUGUUGACAUCUUUGUAUCUAUAGCAAAAUAAAUAAAGUAAGAAUGAAUGCAGUAAAA